AUGGCGCCGACUGGGACCACAGCCGUAACCACGAUCAGGGCCAGAUUACACUCACCCGAUCGGGAUCACACCGGGAAUCGGGAUCAAAUUGGAACUCUUAUUUACAGAAUGUUCUCCAUGGAUGACUUAUCAAAUCUUCACUUACGCAGAAAGCGAAUGCUUGGUCACACCGCCUUUAGAAACAAUCAAUGGGUGACUACAAGUGCUAUCCACAUUGUGAAAGUUCUGAAAAAUAACGUAAAAAUUUGUGCAGGUGUUAUAGUCUCGCCUUAUUAUAUCUUAACCCCCGAGAAAUGUGUUUCUCAACCAGGAGCGAGGUACAAAGUUAAAUCUGGUGCACCGCGUAUGAGUUUUAUUGAAACUCAUAUAGUAUAUGAUAUACUGGAAAACGAAGAGCUUUCCUUGCUUUUUAUUCAUCCACCUAUCAGUGUCACAAGUCCAUCACUGAAUCGACAGGUAGAACUUACUGAAGCAGCUCUAUCGAGACGAAUGCACACUUCUAUUAUGGCUUGGGAUCACAUUGGUGAAAGGCGACCAAUCGCUCCAGUACCUAUAGUCAACAUGAUCACAUGUGGUGAACAGUACUUAUAUCAUGGCCAUCCUAUUACAGAAGACAAUGUCUGCACUUUUCAAUUAUGUGGACGCAAUCGCUGUAGCAACGAGGAUGUCGGUUCUCCCUUGAUUGUGGAUGAUAUACUCUUUGGUGUUCUCUUAUGGGCUGGAAGCGAUUUCGGUCCACGUGUCCCGGAUGUUUUCAUACGCGUAAAUGGUAACAGAUACUAUAACUGGCUCAAGCAAAAUGUUUAA